GGCCAAAGUAGCCUCAGGACAGGACAGCAGCAGGGACAGAGGGAGAAGACACUGGCAACAGAGGUCCCCUGCCUGUCAAAAUGCCCAUCCUAAAGAGUCUAGGGGUGGCAGACUCUAAGGUGUCCCGGGCAGGGACGCUGCCCCGGAUGUCCUCUAAGAACCCCUUUGAGGAAAUUCCAGGGCUGGAAGAAGAAGAGGCCGGGGAGCUAGGGAGCCUGCCCAAUGGAACAUCUUAUCGUCGACGUGCCACUCUGGAGAAGCUGGCAGGCCUGGCCUCCUUCCGGCUGGGCUGGACCCCUGGCCGGCGAGCAGGCGGCCCCAAUGAUGGGCAGCCCCGCUCUUUCCUGGGCCGUGUGCUGACACCAGGGAUACGCAGGAGCUCAGCAGAUUUUGGCCUCCUGGGCAGGCUUCAGGGGACCCGAGGCCAGAGCGAUGAUGAGGCAACUGGGGAGGCUGCCCGGAGACUGGCCUUCCUGAGACUGGGGCGCGGGCCCAAGCCCCGGCGAGUGUCACUGGCCGAGAGAGUGGUACCUGCAGGCGAGGCGGCUCCUGAGCCCCCACCCAAGGUCCCAGAGCCCCCGAAGAUGAAGGAACCAUUGUCAGUGCUGGAAAUCCUGAGUUUGAUCCAGCAGCGUGAGCUCGCGCGAGCAGACGAACACAUCUUGGAGCUGGAGGCCGAGGAGCUGGCGUCGUCGGGGGGCGGCGCGCCUGGGCCGCCCAAGGUUGAGGGCGCCGGCGGGGGCCGCCGGGCGCGGGACGUGGCGCUGCUGUACGAGGCCCUGCAGCGCGAGCUGUGGGCGCUGGUGCGCGAGACGCUGGCGGGCCCCGGGCCGGGCGCCGGCGCCGGGGCGGGCGCCGUGGCGCAGCUGGGCCAGGUGCUGGUGCAGGAGGAGGCUGCCGACGGGCGCCGGGGCCCGGGGGCGGCCCGCAGGCUGCGUGCCCACUGGGCAGAGGCGGUGGCGCGCGCGGCGCGGGAGCGCCUGGAGGCGGCGGCCCCCGGAGCGCCCGGCGGCCUGGCGGCGCAGCUGGAGGCGCUGCGGGCGCGGCUGCUGGAGGACCUGGGCGUGGUGCGGGGCCGCCUGGCACCCGCCUACCCCGCCGGCCUGGGCGCCUUCGGCGUCUACCUGCGCGGCUACCACGGAGCGCUGGCCGAGUGGCUGGGGGCCGCCGCCCGCCGGAGGCUGCCGCUGGCCGACCGCUACGCGCUGCUGUACUGGCACAACCAGGUGUACCCCAGAGAGGUCCUAGGGUUGGUGGAUGUGGUUGCCCUGGAGAACGGGGAGCUGGGGUCUCUUCUGUCGCCUGGCACUGUGCGGGGCUUGGAGGAUGAAUGUGUCACAGACGUCAAGGCUCAGACUCGGGCAGCCCUGCUCCGGGUGCUGCAGGAGGACGAGGAGCACUGGGGGAGCACAGAGGACUGGCCCAGCAGCCUGGCACAGGAUGUGUGUGAGCUGCUGGAAGAGCACACAGAGCGAGCGCCCCGCAUCAGCCGGGAGUUUGGGGAGCGGAUGGCUUACUGCUGCCUGGGGGCGCUGGCAGAGUUCUUGCAGAGCUUCCAGCAGCGUGUGGAGCGAUUCCAUGAGAACACAGGAGUCCGGGAGCUGCUAUCAGACACCUAUGUCAGCAGGACCAUCACCCUGGUCAAUUGCGGCCCCCCCCUGAGGGCUCUGGCGGAGCGCCUGGCCCGAGUGGGGCCCCCUGAAAGUGAGCCGGCUCGGGAAGCAGCAGCCGGUGCUCUGGACCGUGUGACCCGGCUCUGCCACCGUGUCUUGGCCGACCUCUUGUUCCAGGAGCUGCAGCCGCACUUCAACAAGCUGAUGCGCAGGGAGUGGCUGAGCAGCCCGCAGGCCCUGGACGGCAUCGUGGGCACGCUGGGCGCGCAGGCCCUGGCACUGCGCAGGAUGCAGGAUGAGCCUUACCAGGCGCUGGUAGCCGAGCUGCACCGGCGGGCGCUAGUGGAGUACGUGCGGCCCCUGCUCCGCGGGCGCCUGCGCUGCCGCUCGGCGCGGACCCGCAGCCGCGUGGCCGGGAGACUCCGGGAGGACGCGGCGCAGCUCCAGAGGCUGUUCAGGCGGCUGGAGUCCCGGGCCUCGUGGCUGGAUGCCGUAGUGCCCCAUUUGGCCGAAGUGCUGCAGCUGGAGGACACUCCCAGCAUCCAGGUGGAGGUGGGGGUGCUGGUGCGAGACUAUCCAGACAUCAGGCGGAAGCAUGUAGCUGCCCUCCUUGACAUCCGUGGCCUGCACAACACAGCUGCCCGCCAUGAAAUCCUGGCUGUGGCCCGAGACCUGGAACUGUCUGAGGGGGGAGCCCUGUCCCCUCCUCGUAACCGUGCCUUCUUCGCAGACAUCCCUGUGCCCCGCCCAUCUUUCUGCCUCGGCCUCCCUCUCUUCCUGGGCCACCUCUCCCUCUCCCGGCUGGCCAGGCCCAGUUUGGCCUAUCUGCCCCGGCUUCGGCCUCUGUCUCCAUCCCGGCCUAGGGCCCGACGCUGAGACUCUCCCAGCCCUCCGCCUCCGUGCUCCCCAUCUUUGCUGCUGACACAGUCCUCCUGACUCCUUGCCUGGGACCACAGAGCCCCUGGGAUGGAGAGGUCCUCAGAGGUCUUCUCACCCACCCGCAAACUCCCUGUACAGGAGAGAAAUGAGGGCAAGAGGGAGCAAGGACUUUCCCAAGGCCAGGAGACGUUCCCAGCACCACCUCCCCAGCCCAAUGUGUGGCGGGUGGCGUUGCAAGGCUCUACACAAAUAUCCCAGGCCCCCCCUUUCCCCUCACCUCAAGGUCUGGCCCCAGUCCAAUGUAUUAAGGAAUGUACGAUACUUAGAAUAAAGAGGUUU